CUUCUCCUGUGCCGGGGCACGUGGCGCGGCCGGGACAUGCGGUGGGACAGGGCUGGCCUCAUCCCGGCAGCCGUGCCGGCAAAAAACGGGGAUAUUUUGGUUGCUUUCUCUUUUGUUUUUGGUAAAAGUGGGGCAUGCACUCACGUCUAGGGCUCUGCCCUGCCUGGGAACGGCACACUGUCAGCAGAAGAGGAAACCCCAAGCGCGGGAAGCUGCGCUGAGCACCGGGGCUGCCGGCACGCCCGAGAGGGGCACCCGGGGGUGCCGGGGGACUGGGGGGCAGCCAGGAAGGGCAGCGGAGCACGGAUCCGCUGCGGGACAGCCCGGCUGGGCCAUGCUGGGGUGGCUGCUGGCGGCGCUGGCGGCGCUGGCGCAGGGCGGCGCCGUGGCAGCCCACGACAUCUCCUGCUGGAAGAAAUGCGGCACCCCCAAGCUUUUGCACUGCUCCUGGCCGCCCCUCGGCCCCGCCGGCAACACCUCCUACGUCCUGAACCUCUGCUCUGAGAAGCGCAGUCAGUGCCGCCGGUUCGAGGUGGGCGCGGUGACCAACUACAGCCUCCCGCAUGGCACAGUGUUCAUCUUGGAGAACACCACGGCCUGGGUGGAGGCACGCUGGGGGGACCAGGUCCACAGGACCCCCAACCACACCCUUUACAGCAAGGCUGUCAAACUGGAUCCACCUCCUAGUGAGAUGCCCUUCUCCAAGAUUGGUGGCCAGCUGAGAGUGCAAUUGCCAAAGCUACGGUGCUACGGCUUGGAGCAGCCGCCACAGCAUGAGGCUCGCUUCUGGAGGGUGGGAAACAGCAGCUGGACACAGGUGACAUGUCAGACUGUGAUGGUGACAGGUGGAGAUGUCUCAGUGACCUGUGCCCUGGGGGUCAAUGGCUCCUUCGUGGUCCAGCUCCGGCGCAAGUCUCCCCACUGGAGCAGCUACUGGAGUGACUGGAGCAGCAACAUCUCUGUUCCCGAGGAAAUCCUAUGGAGCCCAGUGCUGAGCUAUCACCUGGGCAAACUGGGGAGAGAUGGGCAGCGGGUGCUGAGGUUGAGCUGGCAGCCAGUCCUCAAGGAGCAGAGGAAUGUCACCUACAAGCUGGACGUCCACAUGUUGGCAUGUGGCUGUGCAGAGUCAGAUGAGGAGGAAUCCGUGGAGCUGGACUGGGAGGAGACAGAGCACAACCUCACCCUCUCCGGGGCGGAAUACGAAAUCCUGCUGACCGCGGUCAACGCCGCGGGGCCGGGGCCGGCGCGGCAGCUCCGUGUGCCGGCAGAGCAGCGAGAGGAUCUCAGCUUCAAAGAGAUCAGAGUGGCCGGAGGCGCCGUGACCGCGCAGUGGGAAGCGCCGGUCCCUGGCGAUGCUUUCUGCUUCGAGCAGCAGACGCUGCCAGGGCCUCCGAAACAGGGAGUCUGCAUCCAGCAGGAAUUCCCUGCCAACAGCAGCCACGUGCAGAGAGGAGCGCUGGGAGCGCCGGGCUGUCACCGCCUGGCCGUGCACGGCCGGGACGAGGAGCGCGGCUGGGCCACCUUCGCCCUGUGGCACCGCUACCACAGCAACGAUUCGCUGUCCGUGCCCAUCAACAUCAGCAGCGGAGAUGUCGCAGCUGUCCUGCAGUGGACACCGUCCCCACGUGCCGCCUGUCCCGGCGCGCUGGCCAAGUACCUCAUCUGCCACUCGGCCGAGGGGGACAACGAGACCUACAGUGAAGUGAAUGCCACGGCAUCAAACUACACCCUCCAAAACCUCCAGCCUGGCACAGCCUACAGGGUGGGUGUGUGGGAGGUGCCAGAGGACAGCGAGGGGACCUGCAGGGCUUGGUGGCGCUUCCAGACCAAGGCGCUGGGUCCCCAGGGAGCAGUGUGGACAGGCAAUCUGAAGUACCUGAGCAUCUCGCUUGGUCUCCCCGCCGCAGCGGCCAUUUACCACCUGACCAAAAAGAGGGUUGGCCGCCUCCUCUUCCCACCCCUUCCCAAGCCCGUGGGCACCAAAGCCAUCCAGUUCUCGGCCGCCGAGAUGAGCCAGGGCCAGCCCCGCAGAGGCCUCCUGGAACCCUCGGAGAGGUUCAGCCCAGCCGAGCUGCUGCUGACGGAGCCGAACCCCAGCGAGGAGACGACAGACACGGGCACUCAGACUGCGGUGCCACCGCCCGAUGUGGCACAGCCCGGCCCCGCGCUGGAGCAGCCGGCGGCAGUGGCGGUGACCCCGCCGGGCUGUGCGGACGAGCUGCCCUUCGCCUACCGCAGGCAGGACAUGCUGAGCCCGCUGGGAUCGCCAUCCUCCGGCAGCACCAGCUGCAGCGGGCACCCACCCGCAGAGGAGGAGGAGGAAGAGAAGGAGGAGGAGGGAAGGCAAGGGCUGCACCAGCCGCUGAUCCCCAUUGCCCUGCUCAUCUCCGACAAACCCAUUAUCAUCAGGGAUGGGGAAGGAUGGGAUCCCUCGCCGCAGAAAUCGGUGCCGUAGCCGUCGCCAGGCGGGAGCAGCGGGGCUGGACGGCAGGAAGGGCACGGGGGUGUCCCACGGAAUGCGGAGUGGCUGUGUGGGAUGCUGAGUGCCCAGUCCGUGGGUGGCACCGGCACUUUCAGAGGUUUUCUGGUUUCCAGGACACGGAAGGCGAUGACUCUGGAUGCAGCAUUGCACCGGGACAAGUU